UACAAUCUUUGGUAGAGAAGCAUCAUGUUUCUCCCCAUCGGUCUUCUUCUAUUUGUGGCCAUCGUGUCGGGGAACCAAUCGAUGGCCACCGAAUCCAGAGCGGUCGAUUUGAGCCUGGACUCACGCAUCUUUGAGAGUAACAGCUUACCAAUCGACGAGCUUGAAAUGCCUAGUAUUGGUAACGGUCAUUUGGCUACCGGUGUUUACACCGACACGGUUUACAUGAACGGACUAUACAACGGCGAGCUGGGUGAAUCACACAGAGCUAGAAUUCCGUCUCAGAUCAACAUCCGCAUGAACGUCGGAGCCAACCAAACUGUAACAGACCAACGUUUUAUAUUAGAUACGGAAAAAGGGAUGUUUAUCGAACGGACUGUUGUCGAUGGCGCUAUCGUGGAACAAAGGACAUUUGCUCAUCGUCUGAUAACUUCCCUGCUCGUCACUCAAAUCACAGUGGAUUUCAGCCAAUCAGGCAGCAAUUCGUUGACGUUAUCCUUGUCCGAUAAUCCUGGCCCCGUUAGUGAUGAUAUUACCUUCAGUCCUUCGCAAAAUUACACUCAAGGUCUAGCGGGCAAAGAACAAACUGGGCAAACAAAGGUCGUUGAAGAUUCACAGUAUCAGAAUGGCCUGUCAAACGUUACUAUUAUUUAUUCAGAAGUACCGGAGAAAGUAACAUUAACCCGGGAUACACCCACAAUAACUAUUAUCAUGUCGAUUGCAUCAACAUAUGCGGAAGCCUCUAGUACUUAUUCUUAUGCAUACAAUUUAACCCAGUCAAAUGAUGGCCAUCUUGAACUAGUUAGAACCCACAUAGACCAAUGGAAGAAAAUUUGGGAUUCUGGAAAUAUCUUAAUGGAAGGCCCCAAUUUGGAAUUGGCCAAGGUUGUCUGUGGCAGUAUGUAUUAUUUGCUGAGUUCCCUCCCGCACGAGCCGGUUGACGCUAACCGGCGACGUUUCAGUGGAUUGAGUCCCGGCUCGCUAGCCAAUGGCGCUUUUCUGAAAGAUUAUCAAGGCCAUUCCUUUUGGGAUACGGAAACGUGGAUGUUCCCGCCAGUUUUAAUGCUAUGGUCUUACGUAGCUAAAGAUUUGUUGCUCUAUCGUAUGAGCAAUAUCCGGGCGGCGCGUGACAGAGCUGUCGGAACAGGUUAUCAGGGAGCUCGCUUUCCCUGGGAAUCCGGAUUUACCGGGGUUGAAGUUACCCCAGAUUGCUGCCCAGAGACCCGUGACAACCAACAACAUAUUACAGGCGACAUCUCCUUCGCAACGAGGCAAUAUUGGGCUGCUACCGGAGACACCAAAUGGCUAUACGGAGAGGACUAUAGUUUUCCGUUGGAGAUUAACGGCUGCAACUUCAUUAGAGAAAUGGCGCAGUUCUGGGCUAGUCGAGCGGGGUACAAUUCAACCACAGAUCAAUACGAAAUCAAGGGUGUUAUGCCUCCGGAUGAAGAUCAUCCCUAUGUUGACAAUUCGGUCUACACGAACGUGAUAGCGUCGUAUUCUAUCUUUUUCGCCAAGCAUGCGGAAUGUCAGUGCGGAACGUCGAUGACGGGGGACGUCCCAGAAGCUUGGCUGGACAUUGCACGGAAAAUGAAAAUCCCAUUUGAUGCUGAACGCAAUUAUCACCCCGAAUUUGAUGGUUAUCAACCGGGUGAGACUAUAAAACAGGCCGACGUUGUCCUUUUAGGUUUUCCGCUUAUGUACGUAACUGAUCCUGUCGUGAGGCAAAACGAUUUGGAUAUUUACGAAAAUGUCACAAGAGUCGAUGGGCCGGCGAUGACAUGGUCCAUGCAUGCUAUCGGCCAUUUGGAAGCCGGUGACGAAGCAAGAAGUGCAGCUAUGCUCAAUCGUAGUUUUCAACCUUAUCUUAUCGAACCAUUUAAAGUAUGGAAUGAAGCCCAGAAUCAUAAAGGUGCUUUCAACUUCAUAACUGGAAUGGGCGGAUUUCUUCAGUCAAUCCUAUUUGGUUAUGCCGGGUUGCGUUUAACCGUUGAAAAAUUAACUGCAAAUCCAAUUUUGCCGCCAGGCAUUACCAACUUUACCCUUCAAGGGAUGGAUUAUUUGGGCUGUUCAUUUAACAUUAACAUCCAAGCAAGCACUGUGGACAUCAACUGGAUUAGCGGAAGCAGCUGUGAUUCUUUGGACAUUGUUCCUGAUCAAGUCAAAGAAACGGAACUCAAAACUUAUUCAACUGGGCGGAUAACAUUUCCUCGAGGGCCAUUCACGAUCAAACGAAAAAUUCCAUCAAAUUGUCCGCUCCCCGAUGGGAACACUAACUUGAACUCCGCCGCGCCGUCUUCAAAUUUGAACUGGAAUUUUCUGUUGACUACUGUUGUAGCAUCGAAGGCCUUGUUGACAAACCUUGUGUCAUGGGAAUAAUAUAAAGAGAUCGAAAAUAAACGUGGAGAAAUUUGU